CAUGGCAAAAAAGCGAAAACUUGAAGUCAUCGAUCCAGCCCCCUCCCCAAGGAGAAUGACCAGGGCUUCCUUAAGAAUGGAAAGGUCCGAGGACUCACAAAUUGCAGAGGCAGCACUAAACAGACGUACCAGAAGGCAGGAGCACAUCAAGAAUGAAACUGUUAAUGCUAUGAAGAGAAAAGAGGUUGGAGGGUCAGACGAUGUAGAAAAUGAUUUUAAGGGAAAAGCUGUAAUGGAAGAAGGUGAUCAACUGAAAAGGCGACCAGAUAAGGAUGUUAUGAAGAAAGGCUCUGUUAGAAAACUCAUCACCAUCAACCAAGGGUUGAACGAUGAUCGAAAAAAGCUAUUGAAGAUGUUGGUUUUGGAGGGUUGUUGAAAAUCAAAUGCACCUAUGUACCAGAGAAAAGGUCUGCUUGGCUCAUUAAGAUUUUUGACACAAAGACAUCAGAGCUGGAGGUCCCAUUCAAGUGCAGAAUAAAAGUUGAUGCCCAUGCUGUCCACAAAGUUUUUGUCUACCAAUGGGUGAGGAUGACAUCGACUAUGAGAAGAAAAGUGGCACUAACACUUUUGUUGAAUUCUACAAAGUGUUCGGUCAUGAGAAGGAUCAAAAGGCACCAUCGUUUGCUGAAGCUGAAAAAUGGUUGGAGGAAAAGGGAAGGGCAACACCAGUGUCAAGUGGCUCCAACAUUGGCUCAUCUUUGCCAUCAGUACUUUCCUAUGCCCGCAUCGAGCACAAAAUUGUGCGUUCGAGGUUUCCAUCCAAUUGCAAAUAUAGAAAAUAUUGCAAGCUACAACUGGUGCCGGCUAGUUAUGGAGAGAUUGAACCCACAGAUUUUAAGGAAGGUGAUAAGAAGUUUGUUUCGGGGUGCCUUUUCUUCCUAACUGUUUUAUAUCCUGAUUCGCUUGAAGUGGGCCAGCUUGUAGACCAAGAAGAGGAAAUAAGAGCUGCUGGUUGGAUCGGAACCAUUGUUACAAAAGUUUGCUCCAUGAACAGGGUAUCCGACACUGAGUUCGGCAAAUUACCACUGAAACCAGAACACUUGAGCUCAACCCAAUUAAUGCUAAUCCCACCACAGAGAGUGCAUGAUUUUGUGAAUUCAAACAUGCCAGGAAACUCCAUCACAAUGCUGCAGGACAGAGAGGCUCUCAAGGAUGUCUUGAGUGAUUUCAGCACAACCAUCAACCAAGCUGUGCUGCACAGCCAUCAACCAAGCUGUGCUGAACCUCACACGCAACUUGUGUCAGGAUGGUCUUCAACAACGACAAGCAUAUCAUAAUGCUGGCCCACAUACAAGCGCAAGUUAUCACACUAACAUACAAGCGCAAGUUAUCACACUAACAUGGAUUAUCGCCGCUGCUGAUGGCCAACCAAGCACUUCUCAUGGAUUAAGAAGGCAGAUCAACAAGGCAAGCAAAAAAGCACCAUCAAAGAACGCUGAGACAAUAGAUGAGGACGAGUUCGAAGAUAAAAGUGACACGCCAUCCGGCACUAGAAUGGAGUGUGAUGAUGGGUCAGAGUAUGACAGUGGAGGGACUCAUGAGCUUAGGUCAAAAAGAAGAGAAGAUAGCCCCACGGCACAAGUUGACGAGGGCAUAGGAGAUAACGAUGAGCACUGCAGUAGCAAGGAAUUAGAAGAUUACGUCGAUCCUAAGGCCAGCAAACAUGGAGAUGAAUGCAAAGACAAUAGCCUUCCUAGGGAAGGACAGUUCACUAACACAAUAAUCCAAAACACUAUCAGGGAUACAUCAGCCACAUCCAGGAGCAAUGCAAACAGCGGUGAUGGAUCCCAGACUGUACAAGUAGAUAUUACUGGAUCACAGAGCCAGUCAGUUGCUGCUGCAAAACAAGGGUGCAACCAUGAAGGGCAUGAUAUUAUAGAUGGCGACAAAGAAGCUCACACCGACGCCAUCACUGCUGAUAUAAGCACCAAGGUAGAUGGUCUACAAAAUGUGUCAAAGGAGUGCUCAAUUGAAGGGCAGGAAGACACACACCCCACACCAGUAAAUAUGUUCAAGGAGGACAACGAUAAAAAUCAGGGGACACCAGGUCACAGCAAUGGCGAAGCUUCCAACAGCUGCAAUGAGUAUUACGAAGAUCUGACACCCCCAACACCUGCAAAUGCACAAGGAUUGUUUGGGGCAUGUCAAUGUUUGAGUUAUUGGGCACACCACCAAAACAGCGAGCUAUUACGAAGGAAAUUGCAAAUCAAAAGGUCUUUGAACCUCUAGAAAUUCUAGAGACAAGGCCAAAGCUUGACACGGGAAAAAUGCUCGCCCAAUUUGCUGAGAUAGAGAUUGAAAAGGUGAAGGAUGUGGACACAAUGGCUGAGGAACUGAAUCUGAAACUCAAGGAACAAGUUGAGAAGUUUCAAGCUAAGAUAGUCUAAGAUAUGCUAGUCAAACCAGAAAGGGUAAAGAGGUGUGCUCGGAGAACAAAUUUAAAUUUGAGGAAACAACUUGCAAAGGAAGUCAAGGUUGUCGGUGAACUGCCACCACUUUCACACAACAAAAUCGAAGGGGACCAAGGUGCGGAUGCAGCCGGGCAAAACAAGGAAACCUCAAAUGAUAGCGAGAAUCAAGAGUCAACUGCUGCAAGGACGGUAGUAUAUACACGGAAGCAGAAAGAAAAGACAGCAACAGGAGUGGAAAAGACGCACCAAAUAGAAGACAACUCCAAAAAGGAUUCGGGGGCGCCCCUCUACACAAUUUGUUUUGUUGCGCCUAGUAACUUUUUUGUAAGAAUACUAACAAGUUAUGUUCACAUAUAUGUAGCAACUUGCCAAGACCACACAAGCAGCUGCGGGAGAGUGUAUCAACACCCUUCAAACGUCAUCAGAUGU